GUCCUGCCGCAUCCCCGCUCCUCCCGCCACAGCCAGAUCUAAGAUGCCCCGCUAUGAACUGGCUUUGAUCCUGAAAGCCAUGCAGAGGGGUUGGUACAGUAGGCCUCACUAAACUUAGCUGCAACUAAGAAUUUCUCCUACAUCAACUGAGUUAAGGCUGAUGCUCUUGUGGAAUGUGGAUUAAAAGUGCGUGCUAAGUUCCAAAUUUCCAUUUGAGAAGCGGAGAAAGUAAAUGUACCACAACCACCAGCAUCAGGACAGCAAACCAAGGGACAAAGAAUUUGAUCCGCUGUGUUGAUAUAUGUUAACUGGUUCACGUGUUGCUUAAAAGACGUUUGCUGGGGGGCGAGAAGUGGACGUCAGCUGUGCGAAGUCAUUUUGUUUACAAAAAUGAGGGCUUCUUUGGAAACAGCAGACAUUGCCAUUGUGGCAUUGUACUUCGUGCUUGUAAUCGCCAUAGGUUUUUUUGCCAUGUGGAAAAACAAUCGGAGCACCGUAAGUGGCUACUUUUUGGCAGGGCGUUCUAUGACCUGGGUGGCUAUUGGUGCAUCUCUGUUUGUGAGCAAUAUUGGAAGUGAACAUUUCAUUGGGCUCGCAGGAUCUGGAGCGGCCAGUGGAUUUGCAGUAGGUGCAUGGGAAUUCAACGCCUUAAUGCUUUUGCAGCUUUUAGGAUGGGUCUUCGUCCCAGUCUACAUCCGCUCGGGAGUAUACACCAUGCCUGAAUACUUGUCCAAGCGUUUUGGAGGGCAUAGAAUUCAAAUAUAUUUUGCAGCGUUGUCUCUAAUUCUUUAUAUCUUCACCAAACUCUCAGUUGACUUGUAUUCAGGGGCACUUUUUAUUCAAGAAUCGCUAGGUUGGAACCUCUAUUUGUCAGUUAUCCUCCUUAUUGGAAUGACUGCACUGUUGACUGUGACUGGAGGUCUUGUGGCCGUCAUCUACACAGACACCCUUCAAGCUCUGCUUAUGAUUAUCGGUGCCCUCACACUUAUGAUCAUAAGUAUGAUGGAGGUUGGUGGGUUCGAAGAAGUUAAAAGACGGUACAUGCUAGCGUCACCAAAUAUUACGUCUAUCUUGUUAACCUACAACAUUUCCAAUACCAAUUCCUGCAACGUCGACCCAAAGCCCGAUGCUCUUAAAAUGUUGCGCGAGCCAACAGAUGAAGAUAUUCCCUGGCCUGGAUUUCUGUUUGGACAGACCCCAGCUUCUGUCUGGUAUUGGUGUGCCGAUCAAGUCAUAGUUCAGAGAGUUUUAGCUGCAAAAAACAUCGCUCAUGCCAAAGGAUCCACUCUGAUGGCGGGCUUCUUAAAGCUGCUGCCGAUGUUUAUUAUAGUCGUCCCAGGGAUGAUUUCACGAAUACUGUUUGUAGAUGAUAUCGCCUGCAUUAAUCCGGAACACUGUUUUCAAGUCUGCGGGAGCAGAGCUGGAUGCUCUAACAUCGCCUACCCACGUUUGGUGAUGAAGCUUGUGCCGGUUGGUCUGAGGGGACUGAUGAUGGCCGUGAUGAUUGCUGCACUGAUGAGUGACUUGGACUCGAUAUUUAACAGUGCCAGCACCAUAUUCACCCUUGACAUCUACAAACUCAUUCGGAAGAGCGCGACGUCGAGAGAACUGAUGGUUGUAGGAAGAGUCUUUGUUGCGUUCAUGGUAGUUAUAAGCAUUGCCUGGGUCCCGAUAAUUGUAGAAAUGCAAGGUGGUCAGAUGUACCUUUAUAUUCAAGAGGUAGCGGACUACCUGACCCCACCGGUGGCUGCUCUGUUUCUGAUGGGUAUCUUUUGGAACCGUUGUAAUGAGCAGGGGGCUUUCUAUGGCGGAAUGGCUGGGUUUGUUCUCGGAGCGAUACGGUUGAUACUGGCGUUUAUCUAUCGUGCUCCGGAGUGUGACCAGCCAGAUACGAGGCCAAGCUUUAUCAAAAAUGUCCAUUACAUGUAUGUCGCCACAGCUCUGUUCUGGAUCACCGGCGGCGUGACCUUUGUAGUGAGCCUUCUCACGCCUCCGCCUACAAAGGAGCAGGUUCGGACGACCACUAUCUGGGCCGUGAAAAACAGGAACGUGAAAGAGAACGGCGCAAAGGGCGAGCUGUUUAAAGGGCAAGAAAAGAGCAUCCUGAAGUGCAAUGAAAACACAAACCAUAUCAUCCCCAACGGCAAAUCGGAAGAAAACCUUAAAAAUAUGAAGCCGGAGGAUAUCAAUCUUCUGGUCACUUGCAGAGAUGACAGCACCCCAGUGAUUUCCGUGAGUCAUUCUGAAGUCGAGACACCAGUUGAUUGUUAUUCGAAUGGACAAGCAGCUUUGAUGGGGGAGAAAAAGCAUGAGGAAGAGACUGAUGAUAGGGAGAGACGUUUGAAAUUCAUAGAUUGGUUCUGUGGCUUUAAAAGUAAAAACAUAAACAAGAGAGCUGGUCGGGAGAUUGAGGAAGAGACUGUUUGUUUACAAAUGCUGGAAGAGACUCCAAAAGUUAAACUAUUACUAAAUAUUGGACUGUUCUGUGUCUGUUCGCUUGGAAUAUUCAUGUUUGUCUAUUUCUCUUUGUGAGUGAAUAGUGAACUUUUAAGGGUAUGGCUAAACAUACAGAAGUUGAUACAGGUCUCUGGAGAUUGUUUUUGGUUUUUUCUCUUUUCAAAUAACAUAAAUGCAACCCAGGCAUUGUUUACGCUAUAAUUGUAAGGUCAACUCAACUUUAGCCUAUUUAGAGACCAUUUGAGACGUGUCCUGUCUCUGCUGUAGGCAGAACCUACUGUGUGGUGUCUUUUUUUGCCCUUUGUCUUUUUUUUUCCUUCCAUUUGCAGUACUAACCUUGUGUUUUUCCAUGUAUACAUGUAAAAGUAUACCAAAGGGAGGCAGGUGAUUGUGUUUGAAGUCAGGCAGUUACAGAGCUCAGUCAGCGUUAAGGUGAAGAGAAUAAGUCAUCAUUUACUGAUGUGUAAAUUCUAAAUUAUUAAAGCUGUAUCAAUCAAAAGAUUUUUUUUUUUUAAUGUAGAACUGUGAUGCACGUUGCUGUGUGGUCAUUCUUUGUACCACAGCUUGGUACCUUACCUUGACCAACUUAACACUUUUUAAAUUUUGUUCACUGCUUCUAGGUUUUAUUUUUCCCCAUUUUUUCUUACGGCAACAAGAGGAAGAUAUUUUAUCUCAUCUUUUAGUUCUUAAAACAUGAUAGCUGUUGAUAGCUUCUUUUUUUCUCUGUAAGAAAAUUCUUGUCUUCUUUUUUUUUUGUUUUUUUUUAAUCCACUGCAAAUUCCAUUACCGAAAAGUUUUAUUUAAAAAAAACAAACCCAAAACACAACAACCUGGAUAUGAUAAACUGUCAGUGGUGGGGGGAAGAAAUACUUUUGAUUUGGACUUUAUAUACUCUUCUAUUUCAACAUACUAUAUUCAGCCUCUUCAGUGUCUAAGCCCUAGGACAUAAUUAGAGUUAGCCUCUCUUUAGAGAAAAAUAUGUACGUAGGUUCUAUCAUAGGGUAAAAAGAAGUGUGUGACUUUGCACGUCUUCAGUUUGGUAAGCACACUGAAAAAAACCCUCUCUGCUGUGUAUGUCUGUAAAAAGAUACUCUGCAGCUCCUACUAUUGCUGCAUACUGAGUCUGUAAGGGGAGCAAAACACGGGAAGACAAGAGAAACGGGAAGUGGAGGAAAGAUGUGGGAAAUGGUCCUUCUUUUCCAGAGCCCUUUUGCCUCAUAUCUUUCCCCAUUUCCCCUUUGACCCUGUCAAACCUUUUAUAAAGGAGUGACUCCUGAGGGAUUCUGUGUCAGGAGGUAGGGAACACGUGCAGUCAUAAUCUGUGUCGGCAAUUGAGGUCUGCCCGCAUGAUUCUUUGGAAAAAAGUAAAACUUUCCCCAGGAGAUCACAGAUAAUCAGUAGGUCUCCAGAUACUGAGGUUGUGUUUUCCUGAAGGAUAGAGACACCUGAGGCAGGCAUGAAUAGUUUCCAGAUCUGGAGGAAACUCACACAGUUUCCUGUGUGAGCAGCAGGUCAGUGGAGCUCAGCAAAUGGAAGGGUUGCAGAGCUCGGUCCACUUCCUCCUUGUUAAAACAGGAGAACAUGUUGCUGGGUCCUCUUGCCCUAAUGCUGAACCAAGUCAGGACUGCUUUCAGGUGCAGAGGCCAGCAGAUAGUGUGUGACUGCACUGACAGUAUUACAUCCUUUACCUUUCAGGACACAGCAGUCCUAUCCAGGCUUCCCGUGAAAAUAAUUCCUUCAGUUGUCUUUGUUCCCGAGCUCGUUUCAGGACUUGUUUGGGAGAGGACAAACUGUUUAGGCCAGAAGUGGUCUGAGGGACCAUGUUGACAGUUCAGCAACAUCAGUUCAAGGGUCCAGCAAUAUUUCCUUGGCACAUAAUCGAGAACCAAUCCCUGUGGGUGAAGUAGUUCUGUAAAAAUAAAAUUUGGGUUAAUCUUGCCUUUGAACACUGCUGAAAGUUUUUGCUUUCCAGUACAGUGGUGCCGUAAGCUGCAGGCCAUCCAAAUAGCUUUUGGUAGUGUGAUGUAUCAUACAUAUUUUCAGAUAGAAUUAUUAAUUUCUUAAUUUUUUUUUUUGAGUAGCUUUGUUUUGUUUUUGGUGCUGCUUUUAAAUCGGUUGAAUCCUGUUCAUUCUGAGACUUUAAGCAGAGGCCAAGAUGCCCCACCUUUCUUUAUUUAGUUGCUGCUGAAAAGUAGACUCUCCUUAACUCUUAAUAUGUGGAAGAAGAGUGUUACCAUACCCGAUUCUUGAUGUUAAUACCAGUGUUUACAGGACAUGUUUUCUUAGGGUUUGUGUGGCUGGCUUAAUGGUAAAGUUGGAGGAUGUGAAAUAUCUUAAUGGCAUCUCAAGUUACUUCAUUAGGGGACUGAGUUGGGAAGGAUGGUAUUGUAAGAAAGAUGCAAAGCACAGUUAAUUGUUUCUAUGCAGGAUAAAGUAAUCUAGGGCAAAAUUUGGUCUCAGUGGGAUGAAAAAGAACUUGUGGAGGGUAAAGAUAAGUCUCAGUUCAACUAUAUGUUGAAGAGGCUGGGAUCUGGCUAAUUUGUCUAAUUUGUCACAGGGAAAGAAAGACUCUUGUACUGGGCACUGUCUCAUAGUAACUUGGUAUAUCUUUCCUUUAAUGGCUGGUACUUGGAUUUUCCAGUUCUCUUUGCUCUCAAUAUAAAAACCGAUGCGUUGCCACCUAACCUGUGAAGCCAGGUUAGCUCAGGGACCCUUUUGCUUGGCUGCCAUAGUUUCAUUUGUGCUUGCUUUUUUCCCAGGGUGCCUUACAUGGUUAUGAAGCUGAAGGCAUGGCUUUUAUGGCCAUCUGAAGAGUAGUUUGCUUAUAAUGGCUUUCCCCAGUGUGUUUUUCCUCCUCUUUCCCCUCCCGGGGCAGCUGCUAUUUAAAGAGAAUGCUCUUUAAAGAGUUAAUACACAGGAUGACUCCAUCUUUUUGAGUGUAACUACAGUCAGAUCCCUGGUGAAAUUAUCCUUUGACUGUGGUAAGGAGUCACAAUCCGUCACAAAUGUGUGGUGCAUCUGAGAUAUUCCAUCUCCCAGAUAACGUAUCCUCACCUUUGCUAAACGAACAAGUUGCUGCAUUAAUCACAACGGUAAUUGGCAGUCAGUCAAAAGAAUAAUACUUUGCAUCUCCCCCAUCUUUAGACCUGUUAUUGUGAAGAAGCUUUUAAGCAAAUUGUUGCUCUGGUGCUUUUUCUCUUCAGUUGUUCAAAAAUGUGUUUCUAUGCUACUCUCUGCCUAAUGCCAGCCUCUUCAACUGUCUUCUGUUUUCACGUCUUAGAGGUCCUAGAACUUGCCAACGUUCUUUGUUGCAUAAAACCACUUAAUAAAAGACCUUUGGUAGAAAAAAUAAAUAAAUGGUAAGGUUUCAAGCAAACUGUCUAUUGGUGAGCAAGGACCUUGGCCUGUGUUAUGGACCCGAGUAUAAUAAGUUGCUUGAGGAUUUUUUUUUAAUAGCGUAAACAUGCCUUUCUACAUGGAAGAGGUGUUAACCCAGGCUAAUAUGUUUUGGUUUAAACACCAGCUUUUUGGUCCAGUAAAACUAGAGUGUCUCCCGUAAUGGACAGUCAGUUCCCUACAUUUUAAUGCCUGGCUGCUUCUUCCUCCGUGGGACUGGCUAGUCAUGCAGGGGUAGAUCCAGGAGGACACGUGCUUCUGUCUUGCAGCAAUUGGUUUAUUUAUUGCCUUGAGCUUAGAACGACAGUUUUGAAAGACUUAUUUUGGAAUGACAUCUUUUUUUUUUUUUGUAUUUCCCUUAACUUAUUUUUCUGUUAGUUGAAUUUUUCUCUCAGAAAUUUGUUAGUAGCCUUUUAUUUUUUUUAAAAAAAAGGCUUCUUGAGAGUGUGACAGUUCUGGGAGACUUAUUUAAUUUUUUCAUUUAAUGACUGAUUUGAUGCUAUUCUCUGCCAAAGUUCAGGAUUUUUUUUGUUGUCUUUGUAGUUUUUUUGUGUUGGCUUUGUACUAGUAGCUGAAAGGAAACGGUGAGAGAUUGUAGGAAAUGAAAAUGGCCUUCAGUAUACCGCUUGUGUAUUUUCUACUUCUCCACAUCUCUGGACCCCUUUUCACCCUAAUCCCAGAAGGGCCAGCAUGAGACUUCUGAUGCAAGUCAUGAGAGUACUGUAACUGAGUAGUGAAAAGGAUUUCUCCCAAGGUUACAGUGAAGCGGGCAGAGCCAGCAAAGGAUCUCUGCGUGAGCACUUAAAGCAGAAGAUGCUUACAACUUUAAAACGUACAGCUUUAUUUUUUUUAUAUAUAUAUUUUUUUAAAUCCUAAGAUAAAAGGAGGUGUUGGGAGAUGCUCCCUUUCAGGGAACAAGAUACACGGAAGAAGUUGGAGUUGCUAAGCUCUAGCUUUCUGAGGAAAUCUUUGGAUUUAGCAUGUAUAGUGAAGCAAAAAUACUCAUCUGUUAAUUUGGUAUUCUGUAUGUUCUGUGCCCUUAAAUGUAAUUGUUUUGAAAAUAAAACUAACCUUGUUAUGUGAUGUUAAAAAGCAGACUUGUGUGCAAUGUUUUAAAUUCUUUUUUUUAAGACAAUGUUUGUAUAUAAUUAAAUGGUUUAAUGUGCUUUAAUUGGCCUAAGGUAAAGAGUAGUCCUAGAAUGUAAACAUAUAUAAUUAGGAUUUCUGAUUUCACUGUGAGAUCUCUGAACUCUCUUGUUUUGCAAAGUGGUUUGUUUUGUUUACAAAACACUUUCUCAUUUCUUUUAUGGUGUUGGUUUAAAGGCAUUUGCUUCACUUCUGUUCUAAUAUUGAAUUCAUGGUAUAGUGACAUCUGGUGACACUUAGCAUUAUCAGUUUCACUGUGUAAAGUCAGACACUUUGAGCAAAAAUGGUAAUGAUAUGACAAUUCUCUGUGUCUAUGAAUACACGUUUUUAAAUGAGGUGGUUAUAAAAAUAGUUGCUGUGCAAAAUGUUAGUAGUCUUCUUCAAGAAGAAAGCAAAUUUUCUAAUAUCACUAGAGCAAUCUCUUCAUUCAUCUUCUUAUUUUUAAAGCACAGUGUCAAAGUGAUGCUGCUUUACCUUGUAU